AUGUUAUCCCGUGGUUUCAAAUUGACUAGCAAGAGAGUUAUAAAUCCUAUAUUGUUUAGAUCAUAUCAUUCUACUGAUCAUAUAGGUUCUAAUACUAUUUUAAAUCAAUCUACUAUUGAAUCUAAAAUUUUAAAUACAUCACUUAAAUAUAUUCCUGAAUAUGGAUUUGAUCAAAAAUGUAUAACUAAAGCUAUUCAAGAAUUAAAAUAUCCUGAUUCUUUAAAUAGUGUUAUUUCAUUUAAUGAUAAAAGUCCAGCUUUACAAAUGAUGUUAUAUUGGUUGAAAUUACAAAGAUCAAAAUUAGAAACUUAUGUAAUUGAACAUGCACAAGAAUUAGAUUCAAUGAAAAAUGAUUAUGAAAGAUUAAAUCAUUUAAUUAAAAUUAGAUUAAUGUAUAAUGAACCAAUAUUAAAAGAAUUACCUCAAGGUAUUGCCCAAUUGAUUGUUCCAUAUAAUUUAGGAUCUGGAUUAGAACAAAUACAUGAAUUAAGUGAUGAUUUGGCAUUUUAUUCUGGAGAUGAUAGUCAUGAUUUUAGUUGGUAUAGUAAGAGAUUAGGUAUAAGUACUAUUUAUGUUAGUUCAGAAUUAUUUAUGGUGAAUGAUACUUCUAAAGAUUUUGAAAGAACUAAACAAUUUGUUGAUAAUAAAGUAAAAGAUUUUGAAAAAUUAGGAAAUGGUUAUAAUGAUGUCGAACAAUGGUUAGGUUUUAAUGCUAUUUCUUUAGUAAAUUUAAUUAAAUCUCAAUUGAACAGAGGUUGA